AUGCCUCUGCAGGACUCCACUCUAGCCAGAGAGGGGAACACAGAGGAAGAAAUUAUGGCUGCUGUGGUUUUUUCAGUUGGACCACUGAAUCCUGAAGGUUCCCAGGCAGAUAACGAUCUUCACCUUCAGCCAGAAGAGCCAGAGCUGGUAAAGGAUCCCGUGACGUUUAAAGAUGUGGCUAUAGACUUCACGUUAGAAGAGUGGAGGUUGAUGGACCCUUCACAGAGGAAACUACACAAGGAUGUGAUGCUAGAGAAUUAUAGGAAUCUUGUCUCCCUGGGGCUCGCAGUUUCCAAACCAGACAUGAUAUCUCAUUUGGAGGCUGGAAAAGGACCAUGGGUGGUAGUGAGAGAAAUUGCAAGAACCCCCUACCCAGAGUUGGAGACCAAACCUGCAACCAAGAAUGCUGUAUCAACAGAGGAUGUUUCUGAAGAUGUAUCACAAGAGACUGUAAUAGAUAAACUCAUGGAGAAUGGUCUGUGGAACUCCAGAAUGGGAGGAUUAUUUAAAUGGAAUGAAAGGAAAUUAAAAUUGCCAAACAGUCAGGAAAAUCAUUUGAAUCAAAAAAUAGUUACUCACAAGAAAAUUCCCUCUGGUCAAAGAAGAUUUAGAUUUGGAUCUCUUCUUUUUCCUGAAGCAGGCAUUAUCACAGAAGAACCCCACAGCAAAUGCCAAACACAUGAGAAUUUCACUGAGAAUUUAGAUUUGGUUACAGAUACCCAUCUGGGGAAGAAACUCUUCAAGGAUACAGAAGGCGGCAAAGCCAUAAGGCCUACUUCAGAACUUACCUUAGGGGAAAGAUACAAUAAUAAAGAAAAACCCUAUAAAUGUAGUACAUGUGAAAAGUCCUUUCGUUAUAGGUCACUACUCAUUCAACAUCAGAGAACUCACACUAAAGAAAAACCUUAUGAAUGUAAUGAAUGUGGGAAAAUGUUUAGCCAGCCUUCAUAUCUCAGUCAACAUAAAAAAAUUCACACAGGAGAAAAACCCUAUAAAUGCAAUGAAUGUGGAAAGGCCUUCAUUGCUUCUUCAUCACUUAUGGUACAUCAGAGAAUUCAUACUAAGGAGAAACCUUAUCAGUGCAAUGUCUGUGGAAAGUCUUUUAGCCAGUGUGCUCGCCUUAAUCAACACCAGAGAAUUCAAACUGGAGAGAAACCCUAUAAAUGUAGUGAAUGUGGGAAAGCUUUCAGUGAUAAAUCAAAACUUGCAAGACAUCUAGAAACUCACAAUAGAGAGAAACCCUACAAAUGUAAUGAUUGUGGGAAAGCCUUUAGGAAUAAGUCAUAUCUUAGUGUACAUCAGAAGACCCAUACUGAAGAGAAACCAUAUAAAUGCAAUGAGUGUGGGAAAUCGUUCAAGAAUACCACAAUUUUUAAUGUCCAUCAGAGAAUUCAUACUGGAGAGAAACCCUUUAGAUGUAAUGAAUGUGGGAAAGCCUACAGAAGUAAUUCAAGCCUUAUUGUACAUAUAAGAACUCAUACUGGGGAAAAACCCUAUGAAUGUAAUCAAUGUGGGAAAGCAUUCAAUCGUAUAGCAAAUUUCACAGAACAUCUAAGAAUUCAUACAGGAGAAAAACCCUAUAAAUGUAAUGAAUGUGGGAAAGCAUUCAUUAAUUAUUCAUGCCUUACUGUACACCACAGAAUGCAUACAGGAGAGAAACCUUAUAAAUGUAAUGAAUGUGGAAAGGCCUUCAUGCGUUCUUCAUCCCUAAUUAUACAUCAGCGAAUUCAUACUGAAGAGAAACCUUACCUAUGUAAUGAGUGUGGGGAAUCUUUCAGAAUAAAAUCACACCUAACUGUACAUCAGAGGAUUCAUACUGGGGAGAAACCAUAUAAAUGCACUGACUGUGAGAGGGCAUUUACCAAAAUGGUAAAUCUCAAAGAGCAUCAGAAAAUUCAUACUGGAGUGAAACCUUAUAAAUGCUGUGAUUGUGAAAAAUCGUUCAGGACUAAGUCAUACCUUAUUGUACAUCAAAGGACCCAUACUGGAGAAAAACCGUAUAAGUGUAAUGAAUGUGAGAAAGCUUUCACUAAUACGUCACAACUUACUGUACAUCAAAGAAGGCAUACUGGAGAAAAACCCUAUAAAUGUAAUGAGUGUGGGAAGGUUUUCACAAGUAACUCAGGCUUUAAUACCCAUCAAAGAACACAUACUGGAGAGAAACCAUUUAAGUGUAAUGACUGUGGGAAAGCAUUUAGCCAGAUGGUACAUGUCACAGAACAUCAGAAAAUCCAUAGUGGAGAGAAACCCUAUAAAUGUGAUGUCUGUGGAAAAGCCUUUAGGAGAGGUUCAUACCUUACAGUGCAUUGGCGAACACAUACUGGAGAAAAACCCUAUACAUGUAAGGAAUGUGGAAAAGGUUGUAUCACUCUAUCACAACUAACUCUCCAUCAGAGAAUUCAUACUGGGGAAAGGCCCUAUAAAUGUGAAGAAUGUGGAAAAGCCUUCAGAACCAACUCAGACUUUACUGUACAUCUGAGGAUGCAUACUGGAGAAAAACCCUAUAAAUGUAAUGAAUGUGGGAAAGCCUUUAGGAGUAGCUCCAGCCUUACUGUACAUCAAAGAAUCCAUCAAAGAGAAACUCAGCUAAUAUAAAGAUUAAUAAAGCAUUCAUCCGGAUGCCAACACUACAAGAAAAAUCAAACUGUGUCUCUUAUCGACAAUUCACCAGAGAAAAUACACACUUAAGAGAUACUUUAGAGGGGGUGUCUGGGUGGCUCAGUUGGCUAAGCAU